AACCGGUGAAAGGUGACGUAAAAGCGCACGGGGUGGGGCGCGGGGCUCGGGACGUCAAAGCCCUGCGUCCUUCGGCCCCCGGAGCGGAGAAGCGCGCACGGCAGCAGUGACAGCGGCCACGGCAGCGGCGACAGCAACCCCUGCUGGGCCGAAACUGGGCAGAGCGGAGCAGACGUCUGAAGCAGCGCUAGUGAGGCGCGAGGGUGGCGCCCGCGCCCGGGAAGACCCCCUCGGCGCGAACCGGCGGCCCAGCCCCGGGUCCGGGUUCCCGAGGCCCCGCCUCUAGGGCCUGGGGACUAAUCGGAUUGAAAGCGCGCCGGCCCGGGCCGCGAACUCGCCAAUUGCGGAGGGCGGUGGCCACCGCCCAAUCCGGAGCAGACAGGUGCGAGGUCCGGAAGGCGGAGGCCAAUCGGCGGCGGUUGCGACCUGCUGGGGCAGGUCUCGGCCAAUAAGGAGGCUCGAGUGACAUCUUCGCCCACCAAUCGGGAGUGAGGGAGCAUUCGUGCCCGCUCGCCCUUCCGGCCAGACCUCUAUUUACCAGGGGCGUGCAGCCCGCUUGCCAAUCAGAGCGCGGCUGAGCGGCCCGGCAGCCAACCCCCGAGGAGCGGCCGGCUGGCGUCCGCCGCGCCCAGGAGUUGGGGAUGUCCUACAAACCCAUCGCCCCUGCCCCCAGCAGCACCCCUGGCUCCAGCACCCCUGGGCCGGGCACCCCGGUCCCUACAGGUGAGGAUCCAGCUCCACCCCUGCUCGCCUGCCGGGCGGUCGAGGUCUCGAAGAGAAGACGGCCUGAGUUCUGCAAUACUGGGCUUGCCGCCUACCCUCGCUGAGCCUCAGUUUGCUGGCCUGUGAAGUGGGCGUGGUCACGUAAGGGCUUGUAGGUGGAGCGCAGUGGGAGGGAUUUGUCCCUGAAGUUGAUCAGCCUGGAAUGAAGCAUCCUUUGGAGGGAAUCGGGCGAACCCGGUCCUGGGCUUGGAAAAGCUGGGAGGCGGCGUCCCUGCCCCGCGCUGACCUCUUACUCGCGCCUGUUGCUGCAGGAAGCGUCCCGUCGCCGUCGGGCUCAGUGCCAGGAGCCGCCGCUCCUUUUAGACCGCUGUUUAACGACUUUGGACCGCCUUCCAUGGGCUACGUGCAGCCACCCGGCGCCCAGGGCUCCCAGAGCACCUACACGGACCUGCUGUCAGUCAUAGAGGAGAUGGGCAAAGAGAUCCGGCCCACCUAUGCUGGCAGCAAGAGCGCCAUGGAGCGCCUGAAGAGAGGUAUCAUCCAUGCUCGGGCCCUAGUCAGAGAGUGCCUGGCAGAGACAGAGCGGAACGCCCGCACGUAACAGGAAGCGUAACAGGAAGCGCCCCGGCCUCAGCGUCUGGACCUUUCCCGGCCACUGCAGAGCACCCGCUUCUCCCUGGCCUUCAUCCCGAGUUGCACUAACCAUCCUGGGCUUCCUGUCCUGUGUCCCUUGGUGGGUCCCCUCCAGGAACCAAGGAGCGGCUCUCACUCCAGGUGGCAGCACUAAGGACAUCCCCCCACAACAAGAGUUAGCAGCGAGGUCCCCAUGAGUCCCAUCCAUGACCUGCCAACAGUGUUGCCCCCCGGAACUUUCUGUGGUCCCCACCGCUCAGCCCUUCCCAGCCCUUCUCCCACUUUGUCCCGAGCCUCCUUCUCCCCCAGCAGGGGCUCAGGCCUGGCACCUCACUGCCUUGUGUCCUGAGCCAUAGUGACUCUUUUAUCUGUGUGUCUUUUGCUAAAUAUGCCCUUUUUAUAUUAAUAAAAGAUGAUUUGGAGUUGUGCUCUCA